AUGAUGACUUCUUGGAUCACCUUCCUUGUAGGCAUUAUCGCCUGCCUCGGCUUCGCUCUUGCCGCACCCGUUGAGGAGACCACAAGCGACGUCACUCCAGGCGUACUGCGAGGCCAGGGCCCUUACCCCUACUCUCUACAGAUCCAAGUUUCGGAGGUCAAGCCCUUUUACUAUGUUUGGGAUAUCUUCCAAGGACCUAGCGGCAUUGCUGUGUACCCUUGCGGUGAUACUCGCUUCGAGAAGGUCUAUCAUGGCGAGCCCGGAUGGCAUACCGACAAGCUAGACAUGGUUCAGCCUCCCUUUCCCCAGAACUAUGAACCUUUCGUCCCCGAGUUCGACGUCAAGAUCAAGUACGGCAACCGUAACAACUGCGUCUAUCACGCUACUGGUGUAGACCCUGGUCAAUUCCAUUGCGGCGACGAGUACAUAGUCGACUGCAAAAAGGAUUUUAGGUACGGGCAGCAGAUUACUUGCGGAAAUCCACGUCCCCGCUAUGCUGCCGCUUGGGUUUGUGAAUUCUGA